GCUGGCGAGCUGCCGGCGCUGCCCCACCGCGCUCGGCCAGGGCGGCAUUCAAUGAGGAAACUGGGCUGCUGGGUUUCCUCUGAGGCUGGUGCCACCGCGGGAGCAGCGAUGUGCCACCGUGUGCCACCUGCUGUGUUCAGAGCUGGCGGCAGAGAGCAGUGUUUCCCCACAAGUGGGAAGGAAGGGAAGGAGCAGCUGCCCACCCUCCUGCACGGCGCUUCUCUCCCCUUAUCUGGGGACUGAACUCUCCCGAGGCCAUGCUUCCAUCCGCUGCUGAUACCGGCAAACCAGGGUGUCCCUUAAAGGGGAGAUCCUGCUGCCCGGUAGCAUGAUCCAUGUUUUCCAAUUCAUAGCUCCUGUUUCCACCUCCUCAGGGCUGGAGGUGAAGUGGAGCACAGCUUGGCCCUGUGCUUUUCCUUCCUUUACAUUGACAGUGACAUUGAGGGGCGUUGAUGCGUGCGUCUCUCUCCUGAGUGUUUCAGUACCGUCCCACCCUGGCUUGUUUUGAAGACGGAUGGAUUAAAACUAGGGCAGAGAGUGCUGCAGAGAGAGCUGAAUGCUGGGAAGAGCUGCCUUUCCAAAUACAUUCCCAAUGUCUGCAGGCUUCCUGGGUGUUUGCCAUGCGGUUGGGAGCAGUUGGCAGGAGUUUUGGGGUGUUGGGGGACUGUGUUGCAGCCUCUCUGUGGUGGCUGAAUUGCGUUGCCUGUUCCUGCAGCUGAAGGGCUUGGGGUCUGGCAGAGGAGGGGUGGUCUGCGUGCGAGGUGGGAUCUUCUAACUGUGCAGUAGUCAGCAGCUCAUUGUUGUGAACAGUUCAGGUGGAGCUGGAAUUGAUUUGUGACAGGUGAGGGAAGGAGGAACGUCCUUGCUCCUCUGCCUGCGUGUGCUCGCCGGCCUCACCAGAGCAGGAAGGCAUGGGGACAGGGAUCAGAGUCUGCGUGUGUGGUGGGUUUUGUCCUCAGGGUCUAGGGGAGAGGAAUGCAGUGACAGAAACUGCUGUGUGCAUUCAGGAGGGGCCCUUGAGCUCAGUGGCACAGGGGAUCCCCUGUAAGGGCUCCCUGUGCCUUUGCAGGGUGAGCCUUGCUCUGUAGGCACCGUGAUCAGGUCGUUAAUCCAGCACCUUGCGAUAAAGGCUAAUGGAAUAACGAUUUAUGUCCCGGGGUUGAUGCAGGAAUGUCUCUCUCUGUUAUUCCUUCCUGACAGCCCAUAUUGCAGUAAACGUUUUCCCUGGAACACUGAGAUAAUGAGUUUUUAAUAGAAAGGUUAACCUAGCUUUAAAUUCUAUCCUGGGGAGGUGACCUGUGUCCCAUCCCCUCCUGCCCUUAGGUCCAGGAUACUCCCAUGUCCCUCUCUGCUGCAGGGUGGUUUCCAGCUAAUUUUUCCUGCUCUAAUACUGUAGGUCUGGGGUGCAUCAAAGCCCUGCUCAUUCAGGGUCUGCAGCCUGCUAGUUACCCUGGAAAACAGGUGUUGGCAACAAAAAAAAAGUUAGAAAAAAAAGAGAUGAUGUUUGAGAUUUAAGGGCUGAGAUUUCAUAGCAGUGCCGGAAGUCAUUUGCCAUUAGCUUCUGUCUGGAAGUUUUAAUGGAUGUUCUGGUUGUGCCACUGACUGUCCCAGCACAACAGGCACUGCUCUGCCUGUGGCUGCCCAUGCCAGCUCUGAAAUAGCCCAUCUCUCUCCUUUCCAUUCCAGGUCGUUUAUUUCCACACCUCCUUGAACCACCCUGGCAUCGCUGCUGUCGUGGAAGUGGUAGUGAUGGGUGGGAAAGGGGAUGGGGGCUCUCAGCAUCUUUCCUGUGGGUUUGGAAUCAUCCCCCUCUUCCACGGUGGAUCAGAGGUGACAGACCCGGCCACUGAGGACAGAGCGCUGAAACUGUACCAUGGGACGCCGCGUGCCCUACUGCACCCACGCUUCCAGGACCCUGUGGAAAAGAACAAAUACAUGACAGUGAUGGAGAAGAGCCACCUGCAGUAUGCCCUGAAGUCCCACCAGCCCCUGGAAGCGAUAUUUCACCUCCUGCCUGAAAACCUGCUGAUAUCUGGGCUGCAGACUGUUCCUGGCUUGCUGCCGGCACGUGGAGACACAGGCGACUGCUUGCAGAAGCCCCGGCUGAUGAAGACGGUCACCUGCUAUCUGGAGCGGCUUUUCAUCCGGUUGUACCCUUCCCUGGAGGAGUUUGAGGAGGAACUGCUGGAUUUACUGAACAGCGAUCGCUUACUUCAGGCUAACACCACGCCGGACGGUGAAGAGGUGGUGGUUCGGGAGCGGCGGCUGCACGUUGGCGUCCACAAUGGCCUGCGCUUUGUCCGGGCACCACAGGUCACGGUGCUGGUGCCAGAGGCGGAAUUGUCACCGGGUGGCAGCCGGGGGGUGCCCAGCUCUGGAGCCAGGGAUGCAGGUCAAGCCCUAGCGCUGAGGAGCCGCAUCCAGCUGAGUGAAAUGGUCCCUCACCCGGCAUUUGGGGUCUGCUUCCAGCUGGAAUAUGUCUUCUGCAGCAUGGGGAGAGCCGGUGGGAAGGCCCUGUCUGGCAGUGCCCGCGGUGAGGCGGCCGACAUGCGCUCGGUGCGCUGGGCUGUCUGGAGCCCUGUCCCGGGCACCGGUGACACCGAGGUGGUCCUGCCCCUGCAUGGUGGUGCCCGCCGUGGCCCCUGCCGAGCCUUGGUCUACCAGACCCCGCUGAGCAGCAGGAGCUCCCGGCAGGGGAAGCACGUGGAGUCUGGGACUGUCCAAUUCCAUGUUUCCACUGUUUCGGAAGAACAUCUUGUAACUGCUGCGGAGAUCCUAUGUAAAGACAGGGACGAGUCGAAGCAGCCUCCUACGCCAUCGCUGAGAGUGCCAACCCCACGGCAAGUGCCAGUCUCCCCACGGGGACCAGGGCUCUCGGUGUCACAGCUCGUGGCCUCGCCACGGGGCACAGGCCAGACCCUGCAGCAGGAUGCGGGCAUCACCCACCUGGAGGCCGACCUUGGCUCACCGGAUGCGGAGCCCUGUGCCAGCGACCAGCUGCGGGCGCUGCCCUUCACCCCGCUGCAGCUGCCCAUGGCUGCUGUGGGGCUGCAGGCAUGCAGUUCCCGUGUGUCCCUGUCUCGCGCCUCGCUGGCGCGCCUGCACGCCGCCGGCUUUCCGGACAUCCUGGACUGUAACCAGGAGCCAGUGGAAAUCUCGGAGCCAGUGGAGCUGGGCAGUUUCAACCUGCGGCUGGAGGAAGCUGACCCUCUACAAGGCAAUGAAAUAGUCCUGCAGUUCCUGGCGUUUGGCAGGGAUGCCCAGGGUAGCACGGAGGGGCCGUGGCCGAGGACUGUCUUCCUCACCUUCCAGUUCUACCGUUUCCCACCGGUCACCACGCCCCGGCUGCAGCUGGUCAGCACGGACAGGGGGCCGGCAACCGGGCUGGCUGUGCUGGCGCAGCUCCUUGUCCGGGUCAACGAGGACGGGACCCUCAGCACCAGACCACCGGGCUUGCAGCUGAAGUACAUGGUGGAUCCGGCUUUCCUGCGGCCCGGGGAGCAGCGCUGGUUCCUGCGGUACCUGGCCGAGCAUAGCCUCCAGAUUGAUGUCUGGGAUGGAGACUCCCUGCUCCAUGUUGGGUCUGCUGCUGUUAAACUGGAGCCCCUGCUGCGCCAGGGCCAGAGGGCUGUCAGGACCUACCAUGAGCUGGAGGUGGCCACGACUGAGUACGAGCCGGACGGGACGGUGAUGGGCCGCGAGGCUCUGCGGCACGGUGCCCUGCGGCCCCUCGGUGUCCGUGUGGCUGUGAGGGGCCGCCUCCACCUCUGCCUGGCCAAUGUUGGUCACCCGUGUGAGGAGACCCCAGGGCAGUUGCCAUCCCAAACUCAUAUUGUCACUGCACCAGACAGCACUGUCACCACCCCACGUGGCAGCUGGCGCUCCCCGAACACUGCUGGUGGUGGGAGGACGGCGUGGGCACGGAGGCUGGUGGAUGUGGACAAUGAGCUGGAGGCCGCACUGCGCAGUCGCCGGCCAGAAGGUUGGCCGAAGCAGCGUACCUGGGACCUGCAGGUCAUCAAUGCCUACCGGGAUCACAUCAAGGGAGAGAGCAUCUACCAGAUGCUCAGCCAGGCCAUCACAGCCACCCGCACUGUCCACGCCGUGCUGGGGACAGCUGAGUUCUUUGAGUUCGCCCUGAAGAAUCCAUACAGCGUCCAGCACACCGUGACCAUUGAGGUCGACCACCCUGAGCUCAGUGUCAUACUGGACCCGAGGGAGUGGCGCCACUUCAAAGAGCUGACCAAGAGUGUUACACCGGUGGAGGAGGAUAUGUUCCAUCUCCGUGAUGACCUCAAGCCUCAGGUCUACCUGCGCCCCAGUGAGACUGUCCGCAUCCCCUUCAAAUACCAGACCUUCUCUGCAGACCCCGCCGUGGUUGCGGCACAGGGGCCAGCUGGGCUGGGCACCGGUGCCAAUGCAGACACUCACUCCCUUGGGAAGAGCGGGGCCAAGCAGACAAAGCUCAUCCAGGUCUCCUUCCAGGUGAGCGGGGGGAAGCCCAUUGCGCUCCUGCGGGUGAAGGUGGAGCCGCAGCCCCAUGUGGUGGACCAGACCUUCCGCUUCUACCACCCAGAGCUCACUUUCCUGAAGAAAACCAUUCGGCUGCCUCCCUGGCACACCCUCCCUGGCACGCCGGUGGGGGUGCCAGGCGGGCAGCCCGAGAUGUUUGUUCGCUGCAGUGACCCUGACAUCAUUUGUGAAACCAAAUCCUUGGGGCCUGGCGAGCCACAGGACAUCUUCCUCAAAGUAGCUGGAGGACCAAGCCCUCAGAUCAAAAAGUUCUUUGUUGCUAUUUAUACGGACACCUGGCUGGCAGCGCCUGUCCAGAUCUGGCAGUUCUACCUGCACUCGCUGCAGCGCCUGGACGUCGCCUGCACGGCCGGGCAGCUCACCCGCCUCUCCCUGCUGCUGCGCGGCACCGCGGCCCCACGGAGGGUGCAGGCCUUCACCUCCCACCCCCAGGAGCUGGAGGUGGAUCCAAACGGUGCCUUCCUCCUCCCUGCCAAUGGCAUCCAGGACCUGUACAUCGGUGUGAGGCCACGGCGGGCUGGCAGCAAGUUCAUCUACCUCAACCUGGUGGAUGUGGAGUCCCACCAGCUGGUGUCCUCCUGGCUGCUCUGCCUGUCCUGCAGGCAGCCUCUCAUCUCCAAGGCCUUUGAGAUCUCGCUGCCCGCGGGAGGUGGGAGAGGCUGCAACAAGCGCAUCACCUACACCAACCCCUACCCCUCACCCCGGCUCUACUUCUUAUGCACCAACCGCCCCGACCUGCUGCAGUUCAAGGAGGACUCCUUCGAGGUGGCCGGAGGGGAGGUGUACACCAUUGGCCUGCGCUUCGCCCCGAGCCCGACCGUGGGGGAGGAGGAGAUCCUGAUUCACAUCAACGACCACGAGGACAAGAACGAGGAGACCUUCUGCGUGAAGGUCCUGUACCAGUGAGGCUGCCCACCUGCCACUGCAAAGCUGCUGGUUCCUGCGCCAGCCCAGCGGCUUCGUCAGCACCGCCUCGGGGGUACCCGUGUCUGUCUGAGCGUGGUCAUGACCCUCAGCCCCUCACUGUCACCUUGCCAGGCCAGGAGGUCUCUCUGUCACUGGGGUCCCUGGGCAGUGCUGUGAGUGCCGGUGGUGCCGAGUGGCUCCAUCCGCCCCAAUCGAGACGAGUGGAUGUGUUUGUUACGGCACUUUGUGACUGCAGGAUCUGUAUUUUUGUUAAGGGUGACGAUAUUUUAGGCACUUUGAAUCUUUUUUUAACUUAAAAAGUUUGCAGAUUUGAUUCUGCGGAGUAUUUUUAAAGUAUAUUUUAUAUUCUACGGAGAGUUUUGUACACACUAAGGCAGUUCUAUGGGAUUUUUGAUACUUCUUACUCAUCCUUGAACCAUAAAAAUUGCUGUACGUAACUGUCAGAGUGUGGCAGCAUUUUCUUCUCGGGGAGUUGGAAAUCCUCAGCAUCCUUGUCCUGUGGAGAUGAGUGCUGGAGGUCCCCUGUGUCACCCCCAUCCCCUGGAGCAUCCUGGGGGUCAGGGCAGGGACUGUAAAUGGGACUGGGAGGGAAGAGCAGCCCACCAGCUCUGGAAAUGCUGCCUCACUCUCCACAGGCUUGAGGCUGGUGAAUUAGUGGCCCCGAUGAAGUCGGGUGCCGAGUUCCUCUGCCUCCCUUGAACUGAUGGGAAAUGACAGCUCAUAUUUUAGAACUGAUUAUACUGUCUGCAGCACAGAGAGGCCCCGGAGUUGGGUUAUUAAAGUAGAUUAGCUGAAUAAUUUUUAUUACAUUUUCACACAACGAUAUUUCUUGAGGCUUAUGAAUGAGCUGGUGCUGUACCUGCAGCACAGGCAGCUCGAGUGGUGAAUGAUGUGCCAACGUUCAGGGGAUGCCAGCACAGGGACUCGAGCUGAGCUGGUGCUUGAAUAGUGCUGCCUGCUGCCCUGAAGCACACAUCUGUGGCCCAAGAGCUACAGAACUGUCAUUAAGAAAAGUUGAUAAAACUUUUCCUGUAGGAAAUACAAAUGCCUUGUGUCCCAGCUGCUUGGCAUUAUGGCCAUGGCCCUUGGAAUUGCUGCUGCUGCUGCCUCUCAAACUCACAAUGAGCGUGGGGGCAGCUUCCUGGGUUCCCACUUGUUAAUAAAGUCAUCCCUGCUGAUGACAAUGAACUCGAGCACCCGUGCCUGGCAUGCAGCUUGGUGUGCUCUUCCCAUUUGCAUUCAUGUCAGGAAGGAAACUGGAUUCCAGUAAUGACGGAAUUAAUUUGCUCUAAAAAUCUCGGUUUGUGUCUCAUCACCGAGGUGUACAGAGAGGGAAGGAUUGAGAAGCCCUUGCCAUGGGUUCAGUAAUUUUCUGUGGUGUUGUCCCUCUUGGAGUAGAUGCAAAUGAGACCUUUUGGGGACUGGAGUGUCACUGCCUUGGCAAAGGCAUUGGUGGAAUGGCACCAGAGGAAUAAGGAGAGCAGGGAGACCUGGCCCCCAGCACCUGGGCUAGGGAGGGGCAACUAAAAAAUGGCAACUAGUAAUGAGAAAAUAAGGUAAAAAGAAAAGUAAAACCAACAUAGGAGUUGGGGGCGAAGCUCCCUGCAGCAGCUGAAGGCCCUUUGGGAAACCAGCUCUCAGGCUGCCUGAGCCUCAGCAGGGUUUGCCGCCAGCCCAAACUUUUAAACCCAGCUUGUUUUCCCCGUUAUGAGAAGGAAAUUGCGACUGCCUGAGAACCCUCUAAUUAAACAAAGCCUCACCAUAAUAUUUGCUGGGAGCUUGCCAGCCCUGUAAUAUGACAUUACCGGGCAUCUUUAUUAGCUGAAAUGAGUAUUUAGCGCCUCUGCCAAACUGAAAGCUGAUUGGGACGCGUGGAAGCAGCACAGCAGCAUCCAGCAAAGGCUCCUGUGACCUGCUGGAGAGGCAGCAUCACCCUGAGGGGCUUCCCACUAAGACAAACCCUCUCUUGGUUAUUUCCAUGUCACUCAAAUCCAGCCCAGCAGCCCCAGCGUGGGAGUUUGGGAGGUUUAUUCCCCGUUUCUCCCACUUGUCUCUCUGAAAGCACAUCACCGACUUGAUAAAACCUGAUUUAAUGGUUACAAAACCCAGAGAUAAAGCUGCUCUUAAUGGAUUUCUUUAAGAUCAAGGCUGUCAAAUAGGAGGCUCAGAAUCCUUUCUACGGUGAGAGCGACUAUAUUAAGUGCACUCAAUCACGCCCAGGCGAAGGUUCCCUAAGCGAGACGCUGGCUGGAGGAAAUGCAUUUUAUUAGUGUCUCCGGAGAAAGGAGUCAGGCAGGAGGGAUGAGGAGCCUCCGAGCUGCAGUGGCUGUGCUCCCGUUCAGCCACAAUGGAUGGGGUGUGGAGGACUUUGCAAAGCACAUCCUCACUCCCUGGUUGGUCCCGCAGGGAGGAGGGUGAUGGGCACCUUGGUGACAUUGCAGGAUGGUGACAUUGCAUGGCUGUGGCCUCUGCCCGGGACAGGAGCUGGCCUGGGGGAGAACUCCCAGGGAAGGAUGCUCAGCUGGGGAUGCUGCUCAAAAACACACCUCAAUAUCCACCCUAUGGAGCUCAGCUCCUGCAGGGUCUGUGGAGAGUGGGGCAUCCAAGGGGGGGUGAUGCUCAAAGGCUUUUGGGGGUGUCAGAUGGGACUCACCCCAACUGAAGGGAGGGGUGAAGGAAGGAGCCUUGUCAGCUCUGGGCAGACCAAAGCUUAAAACACAGAUUAGUUUUUCAUAACAAUUCGCAGCUCCAUAAUGAGAAAUUUGCAGCAGUUCUAAACUGCCAGUUGCUUUUAAAUCAUUUCCCGUCUUUCUGUCUCAGGCUUGACAUUUGAUGAUGAAUUGAGUCUCCGUGUUCAUUUACCCCACUGAUUUACUGUACGGAGGUGGGAAACUGCAGCCACCUUAGUGAAGGUCAACAUGGAGCAUUUGCCUGUAAUUUCCAAAUACUAUUAAGGUUUUUAAAUAAACCGUGUGGGUGCUGUAGGCAACGAAGGCCGCUCUGGCAAGGCUGAUGCUGCAGUGGAUCCUGCUGGGUGGUGAGAAAGGGUUUGUGGGAGCAAGAGUGGAUCACUUGGCUUGUCAGCAUAAGGGUACAUCAGAGUGCACCCCAAAUUCAUGCUUAGAGAGCACUUGAUUUUAGGGGCACAGCGAUCUGGGCACUGACAGCUGCUCCUCACCUCCCAGCCCAGAUUAGCAUCGGGUUCUCAUCCUGCUUUCCCCUGGCUCGCCGAACCCCGCACUCGUCCCUGGGAAGGUGGAGGGAGCUGCCCCACGGCUUCCCCAGAGACGCUGGCCUUGUCUCCUGCUGCAGGACCUGGUUGUUUGCGGCUGUGAAUCUGUUUGGCAGGUGUGAGCAGAGCGGGCUGUGCCAAGAGGUUCGGCUGCGCAAAUGUCACACAGAUCUUAUCUCAGGGGAAACAUCCUUCAGUAAUUACAGUAAAUGAAAAGUCCUGGAAUCAAA